GGAGCCGGCGGCAAAGCCAUCUCAGGCGGGUGGCUUGCGGGGUGGAGGAGCUGCGGUGCCGCCGGCGGGAGCGGGAGGCAGGUGCGGUCUGGGAGGGAUCACCGGGAAAUUGGGGUGUUUCGUUCAGACGGGGGGAAAGGAAACGCCGAGCUCGAAGCUGUGGGUUCCGGGUCCUUGGCGCCGGCCCACACCGAGCGGGGUGCGCUGUCCCCAGCACUGCGGAAGGCGCGGAGGGAGCAGCAACUGGUCAGCAAGAGGUUGCUGAGAGAAGCCCCGGAGGAAGCCCCUGCGAAAGGUGCAGCCGCCGUUCUCGGGGAAGCUGAGCCUUAGAUCCAUCAGUUCCUCCAACUGGCCCAGCGGGGGUCAGAGGAAAAGGAGAGAGAGAAGGCUCUGAUUAGUCUUCGUCGAGGCUUGCAGCACCUUGAGACACAGCAAACUUUCAUCCGGCUGGAGGGCAGCAUGCGGACCCUGGUUGGGCUCCUGACCUGCAACCGAGCCCUGUUGCAGCUUGAGGCGGCUCGGUGUCUUCAUGAACUCUCUCAUUCUGAGCAGUCUGUGGUGGCUGAAGCCUGCCUGCCAGCUACUUCUUAUCUCCUCACCUACCUCUCCGGUCACAGUUCAGACUUCAUAGAGCUGUGUCUGUAUACCCUGGGGAACUUGAUUGUGGAGAGUGAGGCUGUGAGAAGGCAGCUCCUGCCGCAGGGCAUUGUUCCAGCUUUGGCCUCCUGCAUCCAGUCCCCCCACGUGGCUGUUCUGGAAGCUGUUGGAUAUACAUUGUCUCAGCUUCUGCAGGCUAAGGAAGCUCCAGAGAAGAUCAUUCCUUGUGUCCUGGAUUCUACUCUGCUCCAACACAUGCUACAGUUGAUGCAACCAGGCCCAAAACUGAGCCCUGGGGUAACUGUGGAGUUUGCAUGGUGUCUUCACUAUAUUAUCUGCAGCCAGGUCAACAACACCUUACUUAUUACCCAUGGGGCUCUGUCUACUCUGGUUCUGCUGCUGUUGGACUUGGCUGAGGUUGUCCAGAGAAUGGAGAAUGCAGGACUGGAGCUGCUUGCAUGCCCUGUGAUUCGGUGUCUAAGCAACCUGCUAGCAGAGGUGGCUGUAGAGGAUGUGGGAGGUCAAAUGCAGCUCAGAGAUGAACGCAUUGUGGCAGCCUUAUUUAUCCUACUUGAGUUCUUCCUUCAGAAACAGCCCAGCCUGCUUCCUGAGGGCCUCUGGCUCCUCAACAAUCUCACUGCAAACAGUCCUACUUUGUGUACUUCCUUGCUCUCGCUGGACCUGAUUGAACCCCUCUUGCAACUGUUGUCAUUGUCUAACGUGGUGAGCGUACUGGUGCUCACAGUUCUAUGCAAUGUGGCAGAGAAGGGUCCAGCUUACUGCCAGCAGCUGUGGCCAGGGCCCCUACUCCCCUGCUUGCUAAACACGAUGGCCCUGUCAGAUACUGAAGUAGUAAGCCAGAGUUUGGAGCUGCUGCAGCUGCUGUUCUUCUAUCAGCCAGAGGCUGCCCAGGCCUUCUUGCAGCAGUCUGGGCUGCAGGCCUUGGAAAAGCACCAGGAGGAAGUCCAGCUUCAGGAUCGAGUGCGUGCUCUCCGACAGACAGCUCUUCGUUGCUGACUUGACUUCUCAAUAUCACACACUCAACCAUCUCACCAGCGUCCUUGCUCAUUUUCUUUCAGGAAGGUUAGGACCAUUAUGAAGUCUUACUUUCUGUUCCCAUACCUUAUUUAAGACUUUGGACUGUAGCUCCUUCUCUUACCACAUUGUUCAAACAGGAGGACCAGAGGGGAACUGAUAUAUAGUGUAUUUGUUCUGGGGCCUUGGAUUCCCCCCACCCAUGUCAGCUGGUGGCUUUUGAUGAAAACAAUAAAAGU